GAAGACGGCUGUUUUGGCCUGUCCGCCACUGUCGCUUCGCUUGAUGUAAACAAUGGACUGGUCUCGGUACUCAGACCCACGCCAGUUGCACAGGACGGCGUCCACUUUUGAAAAUGCAGAGCUCGGCGACAAGAAUGCUGCCGACGUCGGGACGUACACUAGCACGGCCAUAUCGCGGAAGGGAUGCCAGGAGUCGAGCGUUACGUUUGCACGCCCGCUGCGACCGAAACUGGGACGUUGAACGCCGUCAUACAAGAGGGAGCACACGGAAUCGUCACCUUGGCAACCGCCGUCGGCUUCUGUACGGAACGCGCCCGGUCCGAUCCACGGAGCAGAACCCCAGAACGCAGCCCUCUACGGCGCUGGCCCGGUGCGUUACCGGCACCACUGGCACCACCCUCACCGCCGAUACCUUUCGCCUGCCGAGUCCCAGCGCGGAUAUCAGCGCACCCUGCGUGGUAGCAGCAGGCCGACAUCGGCAGCGCCUGCAGCGCCACCAUACUCUCGUGCACGCCAGCAGUACCCAGUAUCGACACGGGCAGUGCCCCGGAGUACAAUGUUCGGCAGGCCAUCGAUUCCCUGCGGACGUGUCCAGGCUGCGGCUGGCACCAUGCGCCAACCACCCCGAGUGAUCGGUCCUCGCCCUUACGACACCUCAAGGGGGCUACGCGCCCUCACCAAGGGCAACAAGCGGUGGCGAUCGUUCACGGACCGCUUCCGCAACGAGGGUCUGGUGGCUGCUCCACAGAUAGCCCUGCAGUGGCAACAGGGUGAGUAUGGAAAAGGACCACCAGCCGGAGCCGAGGGCUGCUGCAGCCGGCCCUGCGCCAUGGUAACCAUGAUGGUGACGGCGGCGUUCAUCGCGGUAGGCCUAGUCAUAUCCUCGGCCGGCUUCUACAACUUUCUCAUCUCCGACACCACCUCUCCGCCGAAAGUCGCACCCUGGCCACUCCCAGAGUUCGGACCAUGGACCGUGCCCGUCAACGCUGCCCUGCCCUGGUACCAGGUCGUGAAUGCCAACGACACCCUGUACACGGACCCUCGGCGUCGGUUCGUCUGCGUCUUCCACGCCGACUCGGAGGGACUCGUCGCCCCCUACGCUGGUGUUUCGUUCGGCCUGGCGCGCUUCCCGUUCGCCCUGUGCACCGCGGUGCUGUUCUGCUGCCCGUCGCUGGCCGCCAACGUGGAGCCCGGCGCCGACUAUCCGGAGACCCUGGCGCAGGAAUUUCUCAGACGCGUUCGGAAAAACCGGUUCCCGCGACCUCUCCUUAUGCUGGGCAACGGCUCUGAGUCGCCGCAGUUUGAAGACUUGAUCAGACAGGCGGAAGGCGGAGACCUGCCUCCUGCGAUCGGUGCCUGGUACCAGGAUCGGGCAUUCGAUGGCGUAGUUCUCCAUUGGCCCGACUCCGCGUUGACUCCGUCGACCUGGUCAAAGCUUCCUGGGGCGUUGGUCCAGCUGCGCGCGCACCUAUCAACCGUGCGCAACCUGAGCCUUGCGGUGGCCAUGGGCCAACACGUCGCCAGCGGAACACGCCUGGCAACGCUGGCAUCGUCACUGGGUGCGGCCUCGGUGUACCUGCUGCCGCCGGUACUCGGGCCCGCCGACUACUUUGGCCUUACCUUCAGCUACUAUGACGAAUCAACCCUGGAAAUGCUCUGGCGCCACGUCGGUACGUUUCUCGGCCAAGACGAGCAGGGCAGCGUCUGCUACAUGCUGCCCGCAGAUGUCCUGAGCUUCCGGGUGGCUCGAGGUUAUAACGAGAACGCCUCGGACUCUGUGCUACCAAGCGAGGAGGGCCACGGUUACGGACCCGCGGGCAACGCGACGGGCUUGCCAGGCCGCAUGGCCUACUUCGAGGCGUGCCGCUUGGUCCGGGACGGCUUCAGCGUGCUCGACCUCGAGUACGGCGUCGUGGCGUCUCGAGACGACGUCUGGCUGUCGUACACGACUCCCCAGCAGAUGGUGCGCUUCGCCGACGCACUACGGGACAACCUUACGGCGGGGUGCCUCGGUCUGUGGAACCCGCAGUGGGACGAUUUCGCGGCUGCCUGCGGUGGCCUUGAAUACCCGCUCACUAGGGCCCUCUUUCGACACCGAAACGACGUACUGUCAUGACUUUUGAAGCUGGCGCAAUAUUCACUGCGCGACUGUGAUAUGAGCCGCGCUUGUUCGACGCAGUUUAUAGUUGACCGAGAAACCGAAUACGGUAUAGUAAUUAAAUGAAAUAGCGAGCGCGUAUGUGGUGACCACGACAGCACAAAAACAGUGGUUCUCGUAACUUCCGAUAUUUUCUGCCACUUUGAUGCUAACAUUGUACUUUGGACUCUGUUGGAACUUUUAAAGAACAGAAGCCUUAGACAUUGCAUUCCAGCACUGCUUUAGCCAUGACCGACUUUGCAUAUUACUUGUUUUGUCCAAUCAUAAUUGCUUGCACGCUUCUUCUGUUCACUAUAGCGCCUGAGCCUGUGACUAUGUGAAGGCCUGCUAGCAUCCAGUCGAACUGCGCGAUUGCUUUAGCGAGGAAAAUGGCGGUUGUCAACAAUGAUAACCAUAAAUCAAUCAGAAUCAAUUAGAAGUUUUAUUGUUCAGAACAAUGCACAUAAUUAUACAGCGUUAGGAUAAACAUCGCCAAGAACUGCGACUUCACUAGUCCUAUGGCCAAAGAAAGUAAAAUUUUAUUCGAUAAGCACAUUCAGGCAUGGGUUUCGCAACCUUUACAAGCUUAAGGGAGUACAUUUAUACGCGUAUGCAGACAGCCGAUUGUAGUGUUUCAUUUCUGCCCCCUUCACAAGCUCGCAACAAUGCAUGGAACAUUAUGUGCAGCAGUUAUCUGGAAAAUGAGCGAAUAGA